AGCUUCCCGCUGUUGAGCUAGCGUGGACUAGCCUCCGCCUGAUAUGGAAGCAGAGCCGAGCAGCGGAUUCUGUUCCGGAGUUCCGCGGCGUGAUUCGGAAAGAUAACGCCACAUCCCGGAAGGCCGACGCACGUCUUCCUGGCGGACCGAAAACAAAACCACGGGACGGCUCUGAACCCGCCAGGCAGCCGCGGUGACAACAACAAAAUGGACCCGGCAGCGGCGGCAGCAGCCGGGAGACGAGUUGUCACGAGCCGCCGUCGAGUGUAGCUUCCUCGGCUGGAGUUGAGCGCUGACUGCGGCAGCUUUUGUGUGACUCUCGGGAGGUCCCGACGACUGACAGCGUGUUUACCGACCGGUAAACACUUCCCGCCGACUCCCCCAACGUCGAAUGGAUCCCACACGGUUGCGUUUGUGUGGUUUUUGACCGAGACGACAGUCAUGUUUUCCCUGCGUAUCGUCACCGCCGACUACUAUUUGGCGAGUCCCAUUCAGGAGCUGGACGUCCGCUAUUCUGAAUUCCGGCAGAGCGAGGUGAAGAAAGUUCCCGUGGUGCGGAUAUUCGGAGUGACGCCUGCAGGCCAGAAAACAUGCCUCCACCUCCACGGCGUGUUUCCCUACAUUUAUGUUCCGUACGACGGCUUUGACCAGCAGCCAGAGCGCCACAUGCGGCAAGUGGCUUUCAGCAUCGACCGAGCACUGAACGUUGCCAUGGGAAACCCUUCCUCCAGCGUCCAGCACAUCUUCAAAGUGGUGCUUGUCUCUGGCAUGCCCUUCUACGGUUACCACUCCAAGGAGAAGCACUUUAUGAAGAUCUACCUGUACAAUCCUCAGAUGGUCAAAAGGGUUUGUGAGCUGUUGCAGAGCGGCGCGGUGAUGAACAAGAGUUACCAGCCCCACGAGGGCCACAUUCCCUACCUGCUGCAGCUCUUCAUCGACUACAACCUUUACGGCAUGAACAUGAUCAACCUGGGAGCCAUCAAGUUCCGCAAGAGCCAAAACAAAGCAGAUGACGCCUCUGCAGUACCUGACCAACAAGGCCGCCGCCCAGGCUUCAGCCCCCUGAAGACCCCAUCUACCUCCAAGCUCAACGACAGCACCUUAGGGGGCACGUUCGUCCGCUGGGAAGAGAAUGCCAUUCCCUGCUCUUUGGUUCUGGACGAUGUGGAGAAGCGGAGCACGUGUGAGCUGGAGGUCGAUGCCGUAGCUGUCGACGUCCUCAACCGCCUUGAGAUCGAGAAUCAGCUUGGCAGGAAUCCUGGUCUCCGGGGUAUUUGGGAAGACGAGAAGCAGAGGCGGAGGGAGCGGAAUGAACCCUCCCAGAUUGAAACGCCAGAAUCACAAGAACGAGAAUUUGUUGUUUCAACGGAGAGCGAGAAGGUCUUCAUGAAGAGGUUUAAGGAGAUUCUCAAGGAAAAUGAGUUUGACCUGACGCCAGCUUCAUCCACAGCUGAAGGAGGCGAUGUGGACGAGCACGAGGAUGUGGCCAGUGAGCUGACUCUCCAUUCUAACUUCUCACUUCUGGACGAAUUGUCGUGCACCCCAGCUUGUGCUGUGGAGGCGCACCGGGACUCUCAAAGAGACUCUCCUGUGUCUCCCAGUAAAAUGAAAGAGGAUGCAGUAGUUGAUGAGGAGGCAAUUUUGGGUCUUCUGGAGAGCAGUCAGUCCUUCUUACAAGCUUCGCAGGCAUCCAACCACUCCCCCCUGCUAGAUGGAAGCCAAGACCAGGCCAUGAUCGAUUUGCUGGCCGGCCUGCAGGAUGAUGGCUUUUGCAGAAUGCCUCUCCGGCAGCUUUCCCAGUCGCAGUCGAGUGCCAGGAGCUACCAGUGCAACAGUGAUGAAGAGGAAGAGAGGCCAGAGCUGGACAAAGAGGAGGCCGAGCUAAGUGUUGUGAUGUCACAGCGCUGGGACAACGAGGCUCCUGAGACGUCAACCACAAGGCCGUCUGUUAAAGAAGCAGAGGACUGUUUUAGUGAUGAGCAGCAGGAGUCUUCUGACGAAGAGAUGGAUUGGAGUGGAAAUAAUUCUUUGUUUGCCAAUCUAUCCAUCCCGCAGCUCGACGGCGCCGCAGACGAGAGCAGCGAAUCUUCUCUGACAGACAGUGGCUCAAGGACGCAGUCUUCUCUCAUUGUGACUGAAAAGAUCAUCAUGAAAAGAAAUCAUUUCCCUGGAGACACAGUGCACCUGGAACCCUCUUCCUCAGAAAAGAUCCUUCUGGAGUGCAAGCACCCAGAUCCCAGAAAGGACACGGAACAACCUCUCGACGAGAACUUUCAGUCCAAAAGCAGUCAGGACGGCAGUAGUGAAUGUUCAACCGGCUUCAAAGUGAAUAAAGAAAUCCCGUACAUCCCACCCGUCAAACACCCCAUCCCUUGCAAGAUGUCCAGCCUCCCUGAAGCGUCGCCCAUCUGUAGAGACACGGAUGAUAUGAAGCCACUGUUUACCUAUGACAAGAAGGCAUCAAUCGCGUUAGAUGAUGCAGAUUUCUCCUUCAAUAACAGUUUUGUCACCAAAAAUAGGAAGAAGUAUGGCAGCGUGAAGAAUGUUGAAACAAACUGUUUGUCCAUCCUGCAGAACCACAGGACUUUUUCUCUGUGUUACUCAGAGUUGAGGAACUGCUCGACUAAAGCGGAGAUGGAACUCAGCCAAAAGGCCAGUAAAAGUCCCAUCAUGAGAAGCAUUUCCUCAGCCACCGCAGCCAUAGAGGACGAUGUCUUUCGUGAGUCUCAGAAGGAGAAAAUGUGCGAGGACAGCGAGGAAGAAGACGUUGGCGAACUGAAAAUCAGGUAUGAAGACUAUCAGGAAAACAAGACUGAGCGGACCAUUGUAGCACAGCAGGAAGCUCACUACAAGUUCUUCCCAAGCGUCAUCCUCUCCAACUGCCUUGGUAGGAAGAAACCUGGGUGUAAAAAGUCUCCCGAAUCCUGUCCAAAGCUGGAACAACCUCAGCCACGCAGGUCUAGGUUGAGAUGCAAAAAAAGGUUGGGCAUGGUGGGCCAUAGAAAGCUGGCCGAGAGUGACCCUGUAGACAGAAUGGACAGCCUCACUCCUGCCACAUCUCCAUGUCCAUCAUCUGUUGACACUGAAAUGACGUCUUCUGGGGACAAACAAGUACAUGAUGCUGCCGCUGUUACAGAUACUCCAGUUCAAGAAAUGUCAGAUGCAGAAAUUGAAACAAUAACUGAGGCCACAGAUGUCGAUAUCCAAGCAAUCCCUUCUUCUGAUCCUCCAGAGGUCACCUCCAACAAUUCUCAAGACCAACAUGAAGAAGCUACGGGAAGCUUAUCUUCAUGUGUGAAGCCGUCAACACUUCCUGGUAGCAAAUACACCCUGAGGACCAAGCGGAAGAGGAUCCGCCGUGGCGGAGAGGACGAGGAAUCGGACGGCAACCAUUCAAAAAACUCUGCUACCGUCAAAGACAGCAACCUUGUCAGCUCACAAGAACAAAAAAGCCAGAAAAAGCGAAAGAAGGAACCUCCUAUCAUCAUCAAGUACAUCAUCAUAAACCGGUUUAAAGGGCAGAAGAAUAUGUUGGUGAGAAUGUCGAAGUUAAACGCGUCUGAGAAACGAGUGACGCUGACAAAAGAGAAGUUGGAAAAGUACAACAAGCUGGCGCCGCUGAAAGAUUUCUGGCCCAAGGUGCAAGAGUCGACUGCGGUGGAGUUCCCCAUUCAUGAGCCUAAACCUAGAAAAUACACCAAAAGAAAAGCCAAGCUUAAUACCACGAGCAAGAAAGCGCCCAACACCUCUUCCAAAUCUCAAAGUACACAUUGUGAGAGCGUCAGAAAGGCUAGGGGUUGUGGGAGGAGCUCAAAACGGCCCUCGCUGCCUCCGCCCAGAGCAUGCUACUGUGACCGAGCUGAAGACCAUGACACAGAGUACACAGAUGUUCUAGUUGAGCUGGGUUAUCUAUCAGAUCGAUCCCUUAGUCCCGUAGACUCAACACCCCCUCGUUGUUGGUCUCCUAGCGACCCCCGUGAGAGCUCAGAGCAACUCAUAAACCCCUUCAGCGAUCCAUGUCUAGGUGCAUACCAAAACCAGAAGACCAGAAAGUCACGAAAUAACUGUAAAACCACCAAAUCCAAACUUCUGACAAAAGUCACCAGGAAAGAAAGGAAGCCUGUUCUUCAGACUCCGGAGGAGACGAGGGAGGGGACAUCGCUGCAGACCAAGGUUAGCAAUCCAAGGCAGAGAAGGAAACAGAUAAAUACAGAAAAUGUGGAAAUGAACAACGGCAGUAAACCAAAAAGGUCCCGCAAGAAGAAAGACAACGUCACAAAAGGUGAACAAUUGGAUAAAGAUGCAUCAGUGCUACUUUUCCCUGAAGAUGGGUCGCCUCACACAGAAAGUUCAUCGCAAGUUUUCUUCCCCUUUCAGCAGCCUCUGAGCUCGGAUGGCAGCAUCAGUCCUAAUAAGAGCCAAGACUCUAACCCAGUAGCCCAGUCUGUAGAACCAAAGCAUGAAGACCUUGAGACGUCCAUCAUGGAAGUCAACCAUGAACCGGUGCAGGUGAAGCAGCAGGGUUGCCAAACUGCUGCUUUAACGGUUAAAGAAGAGAGCUCUGCCGAGCUUCUGAAGGCCUCCCCUCAUUCUCUUAACAGUGUUAUGGAUGACUCCAAAAGAAAUGCAACGCACUCACCAAAGAACGGUGAGAUCGCCAAGUUGUCGGAUCCCCCUUGCAGUUUGGUCGUUCUCAAGAAGCUUCUAGAGAAAAGGCAGCAGACACUUUCUCAAAAAGCUGAUGGUCCAUGUGCUUCUCCGGCUCAGGCUGCCCAACCUUCUGGUACAAAACCAGUGAAAUCUAGAAAACCUGCUGCACCACGGAAGCCCAGGGCGCCCAAAUCAGCAACGCAGAAAGAUAAAAAGCCCAGAAGCAGAAAGAACAAUUUGAGCAAGGCCAAGGCGGAUGAGUUGGCCCAGCAGGAAGCCAACCUGUCGGAUGAUUGUCUUCGUUUCCAGUCCGACCCAGACCUGGAUGACUGCAAUUUCAUCGAGGGCAGCCUCUCCCCGGACACCCAGCACAACUACUCCUUUGACAUUAAUGAUAUCGAUCAGACAGAGUUCUCCAGCCCAUACGCUGGAAAUCAGUUCGUCUUGACGGAUAAAAACCUGCCUGUGAAAUUUCUCAGCGACGUCAACCAAGAAGGUUUACCAGCUCAGACAGCAGGUUUCAAGAGCUCCGAUUCUGGGGAAGACCCUCAGAAGAAAACCGUCAGCCCUGAUCUCUACGACAGACCCGACAAUGGGGACUCCAAAUCAAAUAGCUUGACGUUUCUGGAUUCCGACAAAUUCAAAAACAGAGAUUGGGACUGCUCCUUUGGUAAAAGUCUCAGCCCCUUUCAAGACUUCCACUGUGAAGGAAAAGAGCUCCUCUUUUCUGUCUUCGACCCCGUCCUGCCUUUACCCCUGAGCUCAGUGUCCUACGUGAGCCACGAGGGUUCGCCCACGGGCGACAUUCUGGAAGGCAUCGACGCGCUCACGUCCACAACCCCGAGCAGCUCUCCUCGGUCUAUCAGUUCUCUGUCUCAGGUGAGGACCAGCCAGCUGCUGAGAGGACCGGGAUGUGGCGUCCACGUUCUCAAGCCGCUGAUGUCGCCACCAAGCAGGGAGGAGAUCCUGAGCUCUCUGUUGGACCUGGAGAUAUCUGAGGCCACCUUCCAGGAGCCAUUCUGCAGCGACCCGUCAGACGCCCCUGGGAAGCCAAUGGAGGUGGGAGGCAGGAAGCUAACUAUAGAAACAAGACUGGCGAAGCAGCUGCCCGAGUUCACCGGCGAACUCUCUUUAGACGGCCUGCAUUUGUGGAAGACAGCCUUUUCAGCGAUGACCCACCCUGCCACCACGGUAACGUCAUCCGCGCUACCGUCUGUGAGAGCAGAGGUCACAGAGGAGGAGACCAAACAUGACCCGUCCUCACCCAACGACAAAAAGAUCAUCCUCCUGCCCUGCAAAUCUCCGCCAAGCAGAGAGCGUGUACUUCUGUGGUUGGAAGCCAAGAAACAGUAUGAGAUUUUAACAAGCAAAAGGAGAGAAGACCCGCUGAAGAAAGACGUGGUGGAGGAGAAUGAUGAGCCCUGCAAUUCUUCUCCUGCAAAGAGUGAGCGACAUGGAAGCACCAGGGAUCAGCGGAGAAAGAAACGCAACCUUUCCUUGAUCAUACCUCGCCUCAACAUCGUAGACUGCCACCGCAGAUCAACCAGUAUCAGCCCCAGUCAAGAGCAGGAUGCUCCGGAGCAGCAGGAAAGCAGCAGAGUCCACUCUCCUGAGUCUCCCGAACUCCCCACCUGGCAGCAGUGUACGGUGAAUGACACAUCGGCGUCCACAAUGCUCAGCCCUAAUGGAUGUGAGAACUCCCCAUCCUCGCUCAAAAAUUCACCCGAGGACCACCUAAGUCCCAUUUUGAUUCACGCUUGCAAAAAGGAAGAUGAGGCAGUAAGCCCUGACCCGCUUCACUGCACCCCGUUUUUAAGGAGGCAGCGAAGCACAAAUGAUGAUCUGGAGCCAGUGUGCAGCACCCCAAUAACUCAGGAUGACCAAGUUUCUCAGAGACAGCAGAGGAGGAGGAGGAGGAGAAGUCAAGCUGAGCCUCUGAGGAGAAUGUUGCUGACCACACAGAUGAAGAAUCAGUUUGCUUCAAGUGUUCCAAAGAAAGAAAACUCUCAGAUCGAAGGUCCCAGCAUCACCAACUCUUACGGCUUCAAAAUCAGCAUGCAGAACCUGCAGGAAGCCAAAGCUCUGCACGAGGUCCAGUAUCUCACUCUCAUGGGCAUGGAGCUGCAUGCAAGAACCAGACGUGACCUGGAGCCCGACCCCGAGUUCGACCCCAUAUGUGCCUUAUUCUACUGCCUCAGCUCUGAUGCUCCUCUGCCAGAUAUGGACGCUUGUCAGCUGACCGGAGCCAUCGUGGUGGACGACCACCAAAGUGGUGACGGAGGUCACAGAGGAAAAAGCCCCCUGCUGGUCAGGUCGGGCGUCUCGGGAUUGCAGGUGACGUAUGCCACCGACGAGAAGAAGCUGUUCGAGGAGCUGGUGACACUUAUGAGAAGGUUCGACCCAGACAUUCUGUUUGGGUAUGAGAUCCAGAUGCACUCGUGGGGCUACCUGCUCCAGCGCUCGGCCGUUCUGGGCGUCGACCUGUGCCAGCAGCUGUCGCGAGUCCCAGGUGACUCCAAAGAGAACCGAUUUGCAUCUGAGAGGGACGAUUACGGCGCAGACACCAUGACAGAGAUCAACUUUAUUGGUCGAAUCACGCUGAACCUGUGGCGAGUGAUGAAGACUGAGGUCACAUUGAACAACUACAGUUUUGAGAAUGUCGCCUUCCAUGUGCUGCAUCAGCGCUUUCCGCUCUUCAGUCGACGUACUCUUUCAGACUGGUUCGACCACAAGACUGACCUCUACAGGUGGAAGAUGGUGGACCACUACGUGAGUCGCGUGCGAGGCAGCAUGCAGCUCCUGCAGCAGAACGACAUCAUCGGCAGAACCAGCGAGCUGGCGCGCGUCUUUGGGAUCCAGUUCUAUCACGUGCUGACCCGAGGCUCUCAGUACCGGGUGGAGUCCAUGAUGCUGCGUGUGGCCAAGCCACUCAAUUACAUCCCAGUGACGCCCAGUAUCCAGCAGCGCGCCCAGCAGAGGGCGCCACAGUGCCUCCCUCUGGUGAUGGAGCCGGAGUCCCGUUUUUACAGCAACUCUGUGGUCGUCCUGGACUUCCAGUCGCUCUACCCCUCCAUCGUCAUCGCCUACAACUACUGCUACUCCACCUGUCUGGGCCACGUCGACAGUCUGGGAACGCCUGAGGAGUUCAAGUUUGGUUGCACCUCCUUGCGGGUUCCUCCCGACCUCCUCUACCAGCUCCGAAAUGACAUCACCGUGUCGCCCAACGGCAUCGCCUUCGUGAAGUCCUCGGUGCGAAAGGGGGUGGUCCCCAGCAUGCUGGAGGAGAUCCUGAACACCAGGAUCAUGGUGAAGCAGUCCAUGAAAACCUACAAGCAGGACAAGGCUCUGAUGAAGCUGCUUCACGCUCGCCAACUGGGGCUCAAGCUCAUCGCCAACGUCACCUUCGGCUACACGGCGGCUAACUACUCCGGACGGAUGCCCAGUGUGGAGGUUGGUGACAGCAUCGUGCACAAGGCGAGAGAGACCCUGGAGCGAGCCAUCAAGAUGGUCAACGACACUAAAAAGUGGGGCGCGCGGGUGGUGUACGGAGACACGGACAGCUUGUUUGUUCUGCUGAAAGGAGCAACGAAGGAGCAGGCGUUCAAGAUCGGCAACGAGAUCGCCGAAGCUGUGACCGCCACCAACCCGAAGCCAGUCAAGCUGAAGUUCGAGAAGGUGUACCUGCCCUGCGUGCUGCAGACUAAGAAGCGAUAUGUGGGCUACAUGUACGAGAGCCUGGACCAGAAGGAGCCGGCGUUUGACGCCAAAGGGAUCGAGACCGUGCGGCGUGACGGCUGCCCUGCUGUUUCCAAGAUGCUGGAACGCUCCAUCAAGCUGCUGUUCGAGACCCGCGACAUCAGCCAGGUGAAGCAGUACGUGCAGCGCCAGUGCAUGAAGGUUCUGGAGGGCCGGGCCAGCAUGCAGGACCUCACCUUCGCCAAAGAGUACCGAGGCAGCGGCUCGUACCGCCCGGGCGCCUGCGUCCCUGCGCUGGAGCUCAGCAGGCGCAUGAUGGCCUACGACCGGCGGCUGGAGCCUCGCGUGGGCGAGCGGGUGCCCUACGUGAUCGUGUACGGGACGCCGGGCGUGCCCCUCAUCCAGCUGGUGCGCCGGCCCCUGGAGGCGCUGCAGGACCCCGGCCUCCGCCUCAACGCCACAUACUACAUCACCAAGCAGAUCCUGCCGCCACUGGCUCGCCUCUUCCAGCUGAUCGGUGUGGACGUGUUCAGCUGGUACCAGGAGCUGCCCCGGAUCCAGAAGACGUCCUGCUCCGUUGGUCCAGGAGAAGAACCGGGCAGGAAGGGAACCAUCUCCCAGUACUUCACCACGCUGCACUGCCCCGUGUGCGACGAGCUCACGCAGCUGGGGGUGUGCUCGCGCUGCCGAGCCGAGCCUCAGCGAGUGGCGGUGACCCUCUACCAGGACAUGAGGCAGUGGGAGAGUCAGCAGGAGCAGCUGCUGAAGAUUUGUCGGAAUUGCAGCGGCUGCGCGGAGCGCCAGGUGCCCUGCGUGUCCCUGGACUGUCCGGUCCUCUACAAGGUGUCCGGCGUCAACAGACAGCUGUCCAAAGCACCGUACCUGCGUCAGCUCCUGGAGCAGUUCUGAUCAGCCCCGGACCGGGUCGGACCUGCUCCUUGUCUCCGUGUUGUGCCCUCCAUCCUUGUGUUCUUGUUUGAAUGGUGCUUCAAUUGAACCUGCUGGGUUCUUCAUCUGUCUCGUAACUGUUAUUUGUUAUACAAGUGUUUGUUCUGCCACGGGGGGGCAGCACUGGACCCCCCCCUCAAUCUCCCUCAUAGGGCUGGUGUUCGUCUUCACACUUGUUCGCCGCCGUGUCGCCAUCAUCUGGCCGAGUGAAGAGCGCAGUAAGUGUUCAGAUGCAGACGGUGGACUUCGGUUGGUGUAAAUACUGUAAUACUGUCUCUCCCUGUCGAGUCACGGAUGCAAUCGAACCUUCUUUUUCACGGUUCUCUUGAUUGUACUUGUCCAUUUUGGCAGAAUUUGACACUAAAGAUGGUGAGAACUGGAGCUGAAACCUGGGACUGAUGCAAUACUUUGUGAUAAUUUAAGACUUUCAACUCCCUCGUGUGUUUAUGAUGUUGUUUUUAAAACAAAACUUUGAUUCCCCGACAGCCGAAGCAGAAUUUGUGUAAAAAAAUGUAAAAACUGAAAAAGGUUGAUGGUUGUUUUUAUUGCUGUGGGUGCAAGUUUGAGAUAUUAAAACGCUGUUGAAACAUA